AUGCGCAGGCACCAUGUUCUCAACGCGGUUCAAGCGACGAUAUCAAGGCAAGCCCGGUGCUAUUCUACCGACACCAAACCAUUCAAUGCCGCUGUGAUCGGAGGAGGUAUUACUGGAAUGACGGCAGCAUGGCGAUUAUGCCAAGAUCCAAAAUGCACCAAGGUUACUCUCUACGAAAAAUCGCCCAGGCUAGGAGGCUGGCUGCAGUCGGAAAAAGUUGAAGUCGAAGGGGGGCAUGUCGUGUUUGAAUAUGGACCACGCACAGUGAGAUCGUCUACAGAUACCAGUAUGCCUAUAGUGGACUUGCUCUUUAGUUUAGGCAUGGAGGACGAAACAGUAUUCCACGACAAAAACACCCCCGCCGCUACAAAUCGCUUCAUAUAUUAUCCUGAUCAUCUGGUGCGCCUGCCUGGAAAGCGUCCAGGACCAAAUGGAAAAUUCUCCAUACUGGAAACCUUGUCCACCGUCCUCAGAGAGCCGUUGUUCGAGGGUUCCCUACGAGCACUCGGCAACGAGUUACUCAACACCCCCCCAGAACACUUAGCAGAUGAAUCGGUUGCAAGUUUCUUGUCACGUAGAUUCAAUGCGCCAGUAGCCGAGAAUAUAGCAUCCGCUCUCUGUCACGGCAUCUAUGCUGGCGAUGUGAACAAGCUUAGCAGUGACGUUAUGCUCCCGAUACCACGUCUAUACGAGAGGAUGCACGGCUCGGUUAUUUCGGCAAUGGUGAAUUCGAUGGCGGAUGAGUGGAGACUUGUCCCUACGGACUUCUUGCUAGCCCAAUUUUCGGUUAAACACCAACGACACCAUGAACACUUUCGUCGUAUUGCCAAAUUAACGAGUGAUGCCAGUGUUAUUACUGUCAAAGACGGGCUGGGUGGAAUAGCUUCACGAUUUGCCCAAAAGUUCAAGGAAGAACCCAAAAUAAAAGUCAUCACGGACGCACAGAUCAACAGUAUCAAGCUCGGUGGUGACGGUGAUAUCGCUAUCUCCACGCAGAAUGACAAAAAUACAGAGUCCCAAGCUUUUGACCGGGUGAUUGCAACAGCAUCACCGACUGAGCUGAACAAAAUGAUAGAGGCGGGCCACCCCGAGGACAGUGGACGAAAACCAGUCAAAACGAUCGCACGUCUUAAGGACCAUAACUAUGCGGUGAACGUGAUGGUCAUUAAUCUAUAUUACGACCAGCCCAAUUUGAUACCUCACCGAGGUUUUGGCUACCUCAUUCCUCAAAAUGUACCACUGGAACAAAAUCCAGAGAGGGCACUGGGCGUGAUCUUUGGCUCUGAAACUAGCCAAGGUCAAGACACAGCGCCGGGCACGAAGUUGACGAUCAUGAUGGGUGGUCAUUGGUGGGACAAUUGGCCCGAUUCUGAUAUUCCAAGCACCGAAGAAGCCAUUGCCAUGUCGCGAAGAUUACUAAAACGACAUCUUGGAAUUGACGAAACGCCCGCGGUUGCCAGGGCGCGGUUCCAACGCCAGGCUGUUCCUCAAUAUACAGUGCAUCAUUUACACCGAAUGACUACAUUAUCGGGUGAGGUACGAGAAGAAUUCAACUCUCGUCUGACCCUCGCCGGAAACUGGUAUGGUAUAACUGGCGUUGGCCUCACUAACUGCGUCGCUCAGGCUUAUCUGGCCGCUUCUUAUGGCGUUGGAUCUUUCCCUGGUCCUCCUAAGGAGCCGGUCGAGAGAAAGUUCGUGACCGAGAUGGAGAAACAAGUGGGAGGUGUAGCAUAUCAUCCACACCUCUUUAGGAGGCUCCCGAACGGCAUAAACUCGCCCGACGAAUUUUAA